AUGCCUCCAUUGCAGAAAUUCACACCUAAUUAUGCAGCGUUCGAUAAAAAGGUCCUACGUUUCUAUGGCUACUUCAAGGAGAGUGUCACUGAGUCUGCGGACGAACACUAUCGAGUCCGAAACGUUGUAAUAUAUUACCAUCUUGAGGAUGAUACCAUGCAUAUUUACGAACCGAACUUCUUCGAAAGCGAAGGAAUCGAGUUAAAUGAAUCAGAGUCUAUUCCCAACGACCCUUACCUUGAAACUCGGAUCAUGAGUGAGAAGGUGAAAGCAUCCGUCGCAAAGUCUACCUUUGAUGCUCGCCGUCAACACUGCGAAUUAGACCGUCAGGUUCUACGUUUCUUCGCUAUCUGGGAUGAUACAAGGGAGCUUUUUGGAGACCUUAGGAAGUUUUCGAUUCUAUAUUACUUGAGUGAUGACACAAUGGAAGUGCGGGAACAUCACACUGGGAACGAUGGUCGGGACCCCUGCUCUAUUUUGAUUCGCCGACAUCGUUUUCCCAAAAACCGUGAUAACAUACCUGUAACAUUUCCAAUCGUUUGCCUCGAAAUCUCACCGAAUGAGGUUAAAGAAUACUAUAACCCUAAGGACUUACGAAUUGGGGAAUCAAUCGUUAUCUACGGACGCUCAUUCCUUCUUUUCGAUUGUGACAGUUUCACGAAAGCUUGGUACUAUCAAAAUUUUGGUCUGACAGAUUUUAAACCUAUUUGCAUUGAACACAAAAACCCUAUUGAAAGAGAACGCAAACAUUCACAUUACAAUGAACCGGGAACUUUGGAUUGUGAUGCACAUUCUGUUAGUGGUAUACAGUUUAAAGCGAAAUCAAUUUUCGGAAAACAAGAGGAGCAUUCUACAAAAGCGCUGCGCUAUGGUGCCAAACUUGCGAGUGUUAACCCAAACGAUAGCCUUCGCAAAUUCAUUCUCAGUUAUCGUCUGGUUGAUGACACGAUUCACAUUUGGGAGAUUCCAAUUCGGAAUUCAGGCUUCCCUGGUGGUACAUUCCUCAAGCAAACAAAAAUUGCCAAGCCUGGAAGCACUGCAGAGAAGCCAGACUACUAUGGUCCAAGUGAUUUCGCCAUUGGCUCUAUUGUUGACGUUUUUGGUACUCGUUUCCUAAUAACCGAUGCAGACGAAUACGUGGUUAAAUUUAUGGAGGCCCAUCGAGAUCAGUUUCCCGAAAGUCUGAUCGGGAAUCUCUCCUCAAAAGUGGUUUCCGAUAUCAUCACGAAGAGCAAUGUUGACUCCAGGUCCUGCAAGAAAGGUGAUACAGCAGAUCUGCAGCGAGACCUAAGCGAUAUUGAGAGGAUGGUCGACAAUUUGACCGUUCAGUUAAGAAAAUUGGCACUCAGUGACGAAACACGAAUGGACGCGCUUUUCUUGAAGUACAAUAAGGACAGGUUGUGCUUUGUGGAUAUUGAAACUUUGAAAGACAUUUGCAAAAAAUUGCAGCUUCCAGGGGACGAGGACGUUCUCAAUCGCUUCUUGGACAAGUAUGGCACCAACGGUCGAAUGACACUAGACGAGUUUCGAGCCUUCUUCCUCGAAAAACCAAUGCCGGAGUGCUCGGCUGUCAUUUGUGCAAACUCAGCACCCUGCAUCUGA